AUGUCGGGAGAUACUGAGAUUGAGGAUCCUGAUAUUUCGGAUGGCGCUUCGGAGAAUGAGUAUACUGAUCAAGAGCAAGAGCCUAAUGCUGUAAGAGAAGAAUACGAUAAUACGGACAUGGCGGAACAAAAAGUCAGGCCAGAUGGCGAUGGGAAUGGCAAGACCGUAGGAUCGACAGUAGCAACAAAGCCCAAGUUAGAUCCCAAAGAUCCGUUACGGCCGCGGAGAAAAAAGGCGAGAAGGGCGUGCUUUGCAUGCCAAAGGGCCCAUUUGACUUGUGGUGAUGAGCGUCCAUGUCAACGUUGUAUCAAACGAGGCCUUGCAGAUGCUUGUCAAGAUGGCGUUAGAAAGAAAGCUAAAUACCUUCACGAUGCCCCUCCUGAAGCGCUUCGACCAGUUCUGGGACCAAAUUACAAUCCAGUCAGCAAUCCUCGAGCAAAUAACGGCCCCCCAGCAACGAGCACCUCGGCAUCGGACGCCUCUCCGGGUGUUGGUGGUUUCUUCUCCCAAGCUGACAUAUCGCCGUCAUAUCCGAUGUACACAGCCCAACAAAAUCCAAUGCCACCUCCUCUACAAUCACGGCUAUCUUACAGCAGUCAACAAUCUCCUUUAUCCCCGGGGUUUCAAAACCAGGUGCAUCGGCAACCCGCAAUGCAGGGGAUGGUUCCCCAAGUGUCGAGUGAUGUCCAGAAUUCGUUUAAUGGGGCCCUCUUCGACCCCAGUAACCCUGCCCUAUUCAAUUUUGACCUGGAAGGUCUGAACUUUGGGAACCAUUAUGGUGCAUUGGAAUUCGGCAUGUUGGGGCACAUGUCCUCUGGGGCAGCAGAAGCUGAGUCGAAAGACUCGAUAUCAUCUCAGGGGAUGAAUACUGUCAACUUUAACAAUAGCGCCGUCUUUGGAAGCAACAUGGAUCAAUUUGCCCCCGUGUAUUCGCAAGACAUGGUGCCAGAUUUUAUCCCUAUCGAUCGACAGAACAGUGCCGGCCAGCUAUUCGCGAACAAUAUACAUGGCGUACCGCAUGCAUUUGCUAUUGCCACCGGUCCUACUAGCCAUCACAGUCCAAGCACCGAUGCAAGUCCUGGUGCUAGUGGAAUGGGUUUUGAGAGCUCUCCUUCUAAUUAUACCCCCGCUGCUACACCCCAUCAACAACACCAAUCACAUCGACCACAAAAACGACAAGAUGGGCAAUCAGGUCAAAACCAGAAGUUCGGUCCCUCAAUGCUUGCAAAGCGGACGCGGGAUGCCUCCUCAAUCUAUGAAACCGUCCAUGAACCCUAUUCCUACACCACAGGUUUCCAUAGCCUCACAGCUUGGAUUCAACGGCGUUUCUCCCCUAGCAAAACUCUCCGCAUAGCCAAAUCCCUCGCAUCUAUCCGUCCCUCUUUCAUCUCCUGCACUAAAACGCUAAACCGACAAGACUUGAUCUUCAUGGAGAAGUGCUUCCAAAGGACCCUUUUCGAGUACGAGGAGUUCAUGCUCAACUGCGCUACACCAACUCUUGUGUGUCGGAGAACAGGCGAGAUUGCUGCCGUGAACAAGGAAUUUACGCUCCUCACCGGAUGGAAAAAGGACGUCUUACUGGGGAAAGAACCUAACCUCAAUGACAACACCGGGCAAAGUAAUAUCUCCGGCGCGAACACCGCUGGCAGCUCGGAGCGAGCUGGGCUCGCGACGCCAAGGAUGCGCCUUGUUAAUAUGGCCGAAGGGCAAUCCAAGGAGGGGCGGCCACAACCUGUGUUCCUUGCUGAGUUAAUGGACGACGACAGCGUGGUCGAAUUCUACGAAGAUUUCGCGCGUCUAGCGUUUGGGGAUAGUAGAGGAAGUGUGACAACACGAUGUAAACUCCUCAAAUACCAACCAAAAGAACCACCCGAGGGAUCUGAAGCAGCUAUCAAGGAUGAAGCUAACAAGAGGAGAGAGUUGUCCACCAACAUUAGUGGGGUGGGCAAUAGAGUCCGGGAGAUUGAAGGCGAGAAUGGUAUUGGCCGGCUAGAGAGGGAUGCAAGGGUAUGGCGCCAACAGAACAGACUCUCGAUCUUCAUUGCACAUCACUUGGAUAAAAACGGCGCAUGGUGGGAAGUUAUCUCCCCCAAGUGGGAUGGUACAAAAAUUUGGGAUAUAGGCUAG